ACUGAGAACUUCAGAAGCUAGUUUAGGACUGGCGGAUGCUAGAGAUGAGGCCUUGGCAGCAUCACCUUUGCUUCAAAUGUGUAGUCCAGCUGUUCGCUCUUCUGUGUUUCAGUCUGAACUACAGCCCUUUUUUAGAAGCAACAGUUUCCCCAUCUUCAGGGCCACGGGUCAAACUCAGCUACAGUUUUGCUCGGACUUUUUUGGGACUUGAUAAAUGCAAUGCCUGCAUUGGAACAUCAAUUUGCAAGAAAUUCUUUAAAGAAGAAAUAAGAUUUGACAGCUGGCUUUCUUCCCGUUUAAAACUCCCUCCCAACUACCUCUCCUACUACGCUGGGAACUACUCAGAUGACACCAAAAGUUGGCGGCCAGUUGAGAUCUCCAGAUUAACCACAAAAUACCAGCACGACCAAGCCGACAAGAAGAUUUGUACUUUCCUUACUCACACUAAAAGCUGCAGCAUUGAACGAGUCUUAUGGAAGACAGAGAGAUUCCAGAAAUGGCUGAAAACAAAACGCCUCACCCCUGUCCUGGUUCAGGGCCUGCGUACACCAAUGCUUCGCUGCCCAUCACAACGGCUGUUAGACCGAAUAGUGAGGCGAUAUGCUGAAGUGCCAGAUGCUGGCAGUGUCUACAUGGACCAUUUCACAGACCGGGAUAAACUACGCCUCCUCUACACACUCUCAGUUAAUGCACAUCCCAUUAUGUUACAGAUUUUCCCUGGAGCAGAAGGGUGGCCUUUUCCAAAAUACUUAGGGUCCUGUGGCCGGCUGAUAAUUACUACCAGCACUAGACCUUUGAAGGAAUUUUAUGGCUUAUCUUCUGACAUGGCAGCAGACCUAGCUCUUCAGCUCCUGGCUAUUAUUGAUUCCAUGAGGAACAAUGACCUGAACUAUUUCUUCUACUUUACCCAUGUUGAUGCUGGUACAUUUGGCGUUUUCAACAAUGGACAUCUAUUUAUCCGGGAUGCCAGCACACUGGGAGUCAUUGACAAGCAGGAAGGCAGGCAGUUGAUGGAUGGACAACAGGAACAUAAGGACAUAUUUAGCUGCUUGGUUGCAGACUGCCAGUCUGUGCUUCCAUCCUGUAGUUCCAUCAAACACACUCAGAGCCUCAUCAUGGUUUGUGAGGAACUUCUGCCCAAACUCUUAAAGGAAACAUUUUUGCCUCCUGUUCAGGAGAAGAUUAACAGCGCUCUGAGCAUAUGUGCAGACAACUUUCAAACUGACCAGAAAGUCAUCAGGGCAGCUCAGGUACUGGUUGAGAUUUUGAAGCCUCUACGGACUUGUGAUCCUCGUUUUGCCUAUCGCUAUCCUGAUUGCAAAUAUAGUGAUAAACCCUAAAACAAUUUUUGCUGUCAUCUACAUAGCUCUUCUACUGUGCAAAUUAAAAGAACAGAAUCAUCCAGCAAAUCCCCCAGUGGGCAACAAACACUAAUUUUGUCACCACUGUAUAAUCACUGUGCUAACAUUCCAUGGUGAAACUCUGUGGUCCUCUUUAGUUUACUUUUCAAAGGCUUGCAUUACCUACAUGACAAAAUACCUCUGAACUCUUGUAAUUGACCACAUUCUAACGUCUCCUAUUUACCUCAGUUUCACAAAUGCCUUCAACAUGGUGUAUGGAAAUCUCACCACCUUGUUGUUGAAGAGCAUGCUAUUCAAAUAAAAAUGAACUGAGCCAUUUUUAACAAUGUUGACUACUUCCUCUCUAGAAAAAGUUUAUAUAGCCACAGUUGACUACUUGUAGGAGAUGGGAUCAUUUGUCCCUCUCAGGACAACAGAAACAUCCUUGCCCUGUUGCAGGUCAUUCCUCCCUCUCCACCAGUUCUGGUGGAAACUUGAAACACAUGAAUAGCUCCGUUUUUCCAACUAUAAGCUGUCUGCCUUCAUUCCGUUGUCUUCUGGGCUGACUCCGAGCAGAAAAUAACUGCCAGUAGCACACCUGGCCCCACAGUCCAACAGCCUGCACUUUACCUUCUUCCAUCAAUCAUGUGCAUGAAAUCUUGCUGUUAUUAUUUCAUCUUUGUAUUGAGAGCAAUACUCAGUUAUUUGUUUCUGUGGCAAAUAACCCAGGCUCCUGUGGAGACACAGACUACAUCAACACUAAGGGGCUGCCCAGUCACAGAAGGAGUGGGAAGGAAACUUUGAUGACAUGCCUGCUCUUCCAGAAAGAUGGAGAAAGACCACAGCCAUUGUAACAGCUUAAUAUUGAUUUAAUGCCCUCAAGGGGUGAGAUAGGAUCAUAACAAGUGAUUUUUACCGAGAUGGAUAAAAUGGGAGUGGGUGAAGAGCUAGAGAUGUGGGAGGGCAAGAAUCAAUUGGCAAUGGAAGAUGGCAAGUAUUUUAACUUACGGCUUUAUUGAAGAAGCUGAUUUGAUAUAUCAAGGAGUGGUCCAGGUAUAUGGAGCAACAGAACAGAAAUUAUAGGGUAUCAGACAGAGAUAAAGGGAGUUGGCAAACAAAUAUAUGCUCUAUCUUUUUAUAAUAGUAAUAGCAAUGGUGUGCUUUUAUAUAGCACUUUUAGAGUGUUCAAAAUAUUCCUUGUCAUAAUAACCCUGUAAGAUAGAUCUGUAUUAUUCCUCUAUUGUGGAUGGAAAGUUGAGGCUGACAUUAUAUCUUGGGUAAAACACCCAACAGAUUCAUGACUGAGGUGUAACUGUGGACCUUUUGGUUCACAGCUCACACUUUUCACCCUUUCACUGCACCAGAGUUUAGCCACAACCAUCACAUCACUCUUUUUAUAUAAGUAACAUGGGGCUCACUUAUCUAGAUUUUGAUGGUAGUGAAGGGUAACAUCGUUGCAGAUGUAUCAUUUAUACAUUCAUAACAGAUGUGGAUAUACUAACACAUUUACUUUUUCCCACAAGGUUAUGACAAAGUACUUCACAUGACUUAAAAUGAAUUGCCCAAUUAGUUUAAUACCAUUUAUAAUCACGGGGUUGUUUUUAUCACAUAUUUGU